CAGAAAUUUCGAGGACGACCCCGUCUACCUGGACGCGGUUCCCAAGCUGAUAGCCGGGGACGUUAAGGUCUCGAGGGCCGCGGCCAAAGUCCUGAGGACGUCUGCCGGGUACGACGGCGACACCAAGGUGGAGGCUCUGCCUCUUCCAGGGGGUGCGUCCAUGAACCUCGCCAGCCCCAUACUCAAUGAGGAGACCGACCUGCGGCACAGGCGCGUGGAUUCGGAGGAUGCCAAGAAGAAUGACGAGGAAAUUGAGGAGAUGGACGUGAUCCAUUACGAUGAACUCCUACGCAAGCGUAACGACGUCGCGUCGGCGGAGGAAGAUGAAAAUACAAACGAGAACGCUGGGAAUAAGCCAACCGGCGAAGAUGCCGAAAGGGAAUUCGAAGAAGUCGAUUCAACCAAAUCCAAUGACGAUAAACGUGACGUCACACAAAGCGGCGACGAAACCACCCCGGUCACCAAAGCCACCAGCACUCCGCCGACGGACGACUUUGAAAGCGCCGUCAAGGAAGCAAACGACGAGACUCUGAUCCUAGAUGCAGAGGUGAAUCCUGAUAUCGACGAGUCCCUGAUCGACGUGACACAAUCUUAUGAGAGGGCGCCAAACGACAACGCCGGGAAUGACGCCAAAGCACCCGACACCGAAGCUUCCACCGAUAAUCUCGAAACCGAGGCCUCGCAAAACCAAAAUGGAGAGAAGACCGAAGAGUACGACACCGAAGCUGAACACAACUACUUCCGGCGUCAACGCCGAUCCCCGAAGAGGAAGGGAGAACAAGCAGAACCGGGUGCCCGAGCGAGAACAAAAAAGCCAAAAGUCUUUGAGGGGGAUAAAAUAGAAGGCUACAAAAAUCUAAUGAAAGUUAACAUAAAUGAAAAGAAAAUCGG